GGUUGGGAAAAUCCAAGUGUGAUACAUUUUUUUGAAAUUUUAACAAGCAUGUCGGACCCGCAUUGAGAUUAACAUUCAGUACUUAUCUCAUUAAUAGAUGUUUUAGCUGACUGUGCCUGGGGGUUACACUGACAGACGUUCACCGUGAGCGCCUAUCCCUGGCAGCUUUCGCUCCCAUAGCCAAAACCGAAGGGGACGUGGGAUGUAGCUAGCUAGCAACAGACAUGUUACCCAGCUAUUGCUACCUUUGAUGGGGGUAAAAGCUGCUUUGAUACAAACAAGCGGUCCAGUUAGGUGACCGAAUGCUAAGUUGCAGCUUCUCCUGUAGCUAACUUUAGCCUCGGCAGCUUCUGGUCAAGGCCUCUUGAUUCUGACACGCUUGGGGAAAUUCAAGGACCAUGGAUUUCCCGGGCCACUUCAAGCAGAUCUUUCAGCAGCUCAACUAUCAGCGUGUCCACGGUCAGCUGUGUGACUGCGUCAUCGUGGUGGGCAGCCGACACUUCAAGGCCCACCGCUCGGUGCUGGCAGCCUGCAGCACCCACUUCAGAGCCCUGUUUACGGUUGCAGAGGGAGAUGCUAGCAUGAACAUGAUCCAGUUGGACAGCGAGGUGGUGACAGCUGAAGCUUUUUCUGCUCUGGUGGACAUGAUGUACACCUCAACACUGAUGCUGGGGGAGAGCAAUGUCAUGGAUAUGCUGCUUGCAGCCUCACAUCUGCACCUCAACAACGUAGUCAAGGCCUGCAAACACUACCUGACCACGCGCACCCUGCCCAUGUCCCCCUCGUCCGACAGAAGCACCCAUCAUCACCCUCAGCUGGAGCAGCAGAGGCACAGGCAGCAGCAGCAGCAGCAGCUGCAGCAGCAGCAAGUAGCAGAUGUAGCAGUGAACCCUUCGCUAGCAGCUAAUGCUAACCUUGCAACAAACACUGCCACGUCCAAGUUGCAGCGCUCCUUCCUCUUGCAGCAGCUGGGGCUUAGCUUGGUGAGCUCUGCUUUGGGAGGGAUGGAGGAGGACAGAGUUGGAAAUGUAGUUGGCAGUAGUGGGGUCGAACAGAGAGCCUCCUUCCCUAUCCGACGCUUCCAAAAACGCAAGCCCUCCCUGGCCCUGUCAGAGGAGAGACCCAGGCAAAGGCAGCGCCCUUCGGCUCCUAACUUAGGGCUGUUAGGAGAAGCAGGGAUGAACUUAGAGCGAGAAGAAGGAGCACUACUCUCCCCCGACUCCCACAAGAUGGAGGAUGAAUCCAAAUUGGAUGCCGCUAUCACUGGGCUAGUAGGGGCGUCACAAGAUGAUCUUCAGAUGCCAAGCCAGUCGGAUAGUGGGCAUUGUGAGGAGGAGAACUUGGGUAGAAUGCAGGGAGGGGUGAGGAAGGAAGAGGUCAUGGAAGAACCGGACCACCAGGUCAACAGAGCAGGUGGGAAGAACAAAGAGGAGGAGGAAGCAGAAGAACAGGAACAGAAGGUGGUGGUUAAACGAGAGCCGCUAAGUUCGCCAGAGCCGACUGAUGAAAUCAGUGAUGUGACAUCGCAGGCUGAGUCCGGAGGCCAGGAGGAGGAGAAGGCGGAGCUGAGCCCAGAGAGCAGUGACCGCAGCUUCACCACUGAUCCCCAACACAGCUCUGACUCUCUGCUCCAGCCGCUCCUCAAGAGCAGCAUGGGAGGUGGCGCCGGAGUUGAAGGAGGUUUUGGACUGGGUGCCAAACCUGUGUUUAGUAUAUCUAGCUUCCUCAACCCUAAGGAUUUUGGACAUGGCGGGGCAGGGUUGGUAGCUGGAGAGGAUGACCUCCCCAACACAACAACUGGUGAUGUAGUAGCACACCACUUCCUGCUCAGACAGGAAGCUGCUGGUUCAUCAGGCCCUGCUUCUUCCUCUCAUCUAAAGACAGGUCCAGUCAGUGGCGAGAGUCGCAACAGUUUUGGAGACAACCUACACGCAGAUUCCUCAUUCCUCCGCCCCCUGCAUGAUGGUUUAGGGAACCCUAGAGGAAGUGGGGAAAGUGGUGGUGGAGGGUGUGGAGGGGGAGAUCCCUUUGGUUUGGACUUCCAGCGCUCUAGUCUAGGUCUUCACUCCCUGGGGCGAACGUCACGAGGAGCAGGGGGAGUGACUGCCACUGCUCCGGGUUACCCAGGUUACAGACGUAUUGCUCCUAAGAUGAACACUGGCAUGGGAGGAGAAGAAGGUGUGGGUGGCGUUCUCCAGAAUGCUGCCUCUUCCUCUUCAAGUCUGGCAAGUCCUCUGCUUCUUAACGAGAACGGUGGAUACGAGAUGAACAAUGGCAGGCCCACCUCCCUCCCCCCUCAGCUGACCCGAGCUUCAGCAGACGUCCUGUCAAAGUGCAAGAAGGCUCUGUCGGAGCAUAAUGUCUUGGUUGUUGAGGGAGCUCGGAAAUACGCCUGUAAAAUCUGCUGCAAAACCUUCCUCACCCUGACUGACUGCAAGAAACACAUCCGCGUCCACACAGGAGAGAAGCCCUACGCAUGUCUCAAGUGUGGAAAGCGCUUCAGCCAGUCCUCCCACCUCUACAAGCAUUGCAAGACCACCUGUUUGCGCUGGCAGAACAGUAACAUGUCCAAUGCCCUGCUGUAGGACCGGGGUCACAGAGCAGCAGGGCGACCGGAUGUAUACAUUAGGAAUCCGUGGUGUAUUUAAAAUCCCCAAAAUGUUUAGCUUAUGAUCCGAGCCAGUCUCGGCUAUUUAAAAGCUGCUACACUGUGAGCUUAAUUGUCUGCCUAAAAGGUAUCAUGUUGUUAAGUGAAAAAAUGUAGUUCUGUUGAUUCCUCAAUGCUGAAAAUCUGUAGUUCAUGGUACGCAUAUUGAAGCAAAUGUUAGUCUCUGUGAGAGUGUUUGCAGAUGACAGGCAGCUGUGCAGCACGAACAUUAUGAACAAAUAUUAUGUAAAAUAGCGUUCUUAUGUGUCGAUUUUUAAUCACACAUUUGUAUCACAUGUAGCAGCAUCCCACGUCAGACUGUCAUUGAAAUGGCGCAUUCUGACGGUGUCUUGUUCUGUGCAAGGCAGUCAUAUAGACAAGACUAACUGAUUGAAACUCAGUUUGUGCGGCAGGUAUAAUUCCUGUAAGUACUCAAAACGGUUGAUGGUUGUGUGCUCUUGAUAGUCUGCUGUACAAAAAGGUGGAAAGGUUCAGUUCUGUGAGGUGGGCCGGUGUAACGCUGAAAUCUAUCACUUUUUACACGUUCAACCAACAGAAAAGAUGACAGAGAAUCUAGUGUUGUAAUAGCUUUUUUACCCUGUUGUUGGUAUGCAGUGAAUUUCGUCAUCUGGACAAUUAAUAUAUAUUAAAAAAAGAAAGACAAUUCAACUUUUCUCAAUAGCUGACAAUGGAUCUUUAUUUACAGUCAACUAUCAAGUCAAUGUUUGUCCUCUGCAGUUGCCUUUCGGUCCAGCACCUUCUGACUUACCAUCAUCUAAAGUGUUGCUGAGCUCAGAUAAAAUUGAGAAUAGGUCAGUUUGCACUGAUGGGGCCUUCCACUCUCCCUUUUGACUAAGAACAUUUAUAACUGUAGUGUGUAAAGUUUUGGAGGAAUGAGAAACAUUGAAUUGCUGUAAUCAACCUCUUGCGCCAGUUUGUGCUUGCCAGGCAGAGCUAUUAGCCUUAGAAUGAUGUUGCAUUGUUAGGGGAGCAAUGAAGGAGAGAGAAGUGUCAACUUGGAGCAUUGUUUUGUUAAAAGCUGAAAAAAAAAAAAAUCUGCAUUCACUGGGCCUUGCAGCCUUUUUUUGCAUUAUAUGGGCAUUUCCUUACUGAGAUAACAACUUCAUUGGAAAAUGCCUGUAAAUGCACCUUAUUUUGUGUACUGAUGUGCAAGUCUUGCACAUUUGUUGUGAUUUUCAUUUGUAUAAAAUAUGGUAUUUAGCAACUUUCCUGUCUAAUUGGUUACUGACUGUGAACAUUGCAGCUGUGGUCAACAAGUGUACUGACCGUCCAGACUUUAGCCAAGUUUCCCUGGCCGCCGGUGGUGUUGUGUGUCUGUUUAAAGGUUAAUGAAGUUUUUGCUGAGAGGCAGUGUUGUCUGAAGAAAAAUGUCUAGUUUUCUGAGGUUAAGCAUGUGUUGAAAAGUGCUUUAGAAAUGUAAAUAAUACACAUUUGUGGUUGAUUUAAUCACAUUUCUCUUGGAGGAGGGACGAGACAACCCUUAAAGAACUACAAAUUGUGUAUAAGUUUGCUACUGUACUGGAUGUCAGUGCUUUGUACAUGUCUCUUUAUACAUCUAAUGUUGCAUCUUUUACAAAAGCACUUAGACAAAUCGUUCUUUUUAUAAUAUGCUUACUACAAUGUUGAACUAUGUGAGAACGUUGCUGUUUUGCAAUUAUCCAACUCUACCAGCUCUCUUUACAGAACCACCAGGAUGCGUUUGCAAGCUAAAGGUUGUAGCAUUCUGGCAGGAGAUCUGUAACACGAUUGAAAUGCAAAAUACACAUGGGGAAAAUUAAAAAACAAAACCUGUCAUUUUUUUAACAUUAAUUUUAGGAGUUUUAGCUGUUUUGUAUGUAACUUAAUGUCUACUUGUAACUUGGUUAAUCAUGUAAUGUAGGUAUGAUAACUAUGUUUCAAUUGGCGAUUUGCGUAAGAUUUAAAGAACAGGCGUGCUGUGAAGGAAUCAAAAUUUGCAGCUCAUAGAAAAUGACACACAGUAUAAAUGAUUUGUCUAACUCCUGCAUUGUUGUGAAUGAGAGCGGUUUCAUUAGGAGACUGUUGGUUGUUUGAAAUCAGUGUUCACUCAGUGUUCUGUUUAAUGAAACCAAAUGAAAAGAAAGUACACGUCUGCCUUUGUGUUUGCUGUGUUGCGUCACACACUUCCAAUGAGAAACACAUUGUCAUUGCUUUAAUUUCUAGCUGGCACCUUAUUGUACUGUACAGUCA